AUGGCCAUUCGCUCCAUGAAGUUCACUCCCGAGGUCCUCCUCGGCGCACCCAGGCGGUCCUCAGCCAUCCCCAAUGCAGCCGGGACGCUAGCAGUCUACACGCAGACCUCUUACUCCUUCGAGUCCCACUCCAAGACGAACGAGAUCCGCGUCAUAGACAUCGAAUCCGGCCGAUCAGCCCUCAUCACCAAUGAUCCCGGCGCCAGUAACCCGCAAUGGGUAGACCACAGCGACCAGCUAGUUUGGCUGAAGACCAAAGCAAACGGCAACACCAGCUUUAUAAUCGGUGAUGCUCGCCAGGCCGAUAACACAUACACUGCCGGUACGGUGCCAGGACCGGUAUCGGAUCUGAAGAUCGCGGUCAUCGAGCCCGGUAAGGUUGGCUUCGCUGUCACGGGCAAGGCCAAUCCAGACGGUUCGCUGUAUAACCCCCACGACGCGAAGAAGCCCUAUACCACCGGAAAACUCUACACAUCGCUCUUUGUCCGGCACUGGGAUUCAUAUGUCGAACCUCAGAAGAACUCAAUCUGGUAUGGAUUGCUGGAGCAAGCGCCUUUGUCGUCGGCCCUUAGACGGGCGGGCAAAUACUCCGUCUCCGGAUUGACGAACUUGAUUCAAGUUUCCGGGCUGGCGGGUGUCGAGUCGCCUAUUCCGCCUUUUGGUGGUACUGGUGACUUUGAUAUCAGCCCAACGGCUAUUGUGUUUAUUGCAAAGGAUCCGAAUCUCAACCCAGCGACUCAUACUUCUUGCUCGUGUUACUAUGCCCCCAUGUUCUCGUGGACUAGUAUGAGUGAACCCGAUGCAAAGGUCUGUAAAGUUACUGGUCUUCAAGGAGCGAUGUCGUCUCCUGUCCUUAACUCAGAUGGUAGCUCUAUCGCACUGCUGGCUAUGCGUGAGGACGGCUAUGAGUCUGAUAAGAAUCGCAUUUUGUAUGUUCCCAACCCGUGGGAUGGCAACAUGAUUGAAAUCUUUGGGUCGGAGGAUGGUGAAGGGCUCUGGGACCUGAGUCCCUCAGCCGUGUCGUUCGCGCACGAUGAUAAGUCGCUGCUUCUUCACGUCGAGGAAGCAGGCCGUGGAGUCCUCUACCAGCUCCCUAUCGAGAAUGCGCAAAAGAUCAAGCCGGAUUCUCUCAAGAGACUGACCCGGUCGGGAUACGUCAACGAUGCGGUCCCCGCAGGGAACAACUCGUCCAAGCUUUUCGUGUCCAGCAGCAGUCUCGUCGACAACAGCCUGUGGACCAUCAUCGACCCCGCCCACCCCGACGACAUACAAAUGGUCUCAUCAAACGGCCGAGGCGGCAGUGCAUUCGGGCUAUCCUCAACGCAGGUUGACGAGAUCUGGUUCAAGGGCGCCGAAGACCACCCCGUUCACGCCUGGGUGGUGAAACCCUCCGACUUCAAGCCAGGCAAUAGAUAUCCCCUCGCAUACAUGAUCCACGGCGGUCCCCAGGGUGCCUGGAACGACCAGUGGAGCACACGCUGGAACCCGGCUGUGUUCGCCGAGCAGGGCUAUGUCGUGAUUACUCCCAACCCAACAGGAAGUACUGGCUACGGCCAGCCAUUCACCGACGCAAUCAAAGGACAAUGGGGCGGUCGGCCUUACGAGGAUAUUGUCCGGGGAUUCGACUACAUUGAACAACAUCUGCAGUAUGUGGAUACCACGCGGGCUGUGGCGCUCGGCGCUUCGUACGGUGGCUACAUGAUGAAUUGGAUCCAAGGCCAUCUACUCGGACGCAAAUUCAAGGCGUUGGUUACCCAUGACGGUGUAUUCAGUAUGACUGGUCAACUGGCUAGUGAAGAGCAAUACUUCCCCCUUCAUGAUUUGAAGGGUCCGAUCUGGAAGGUCCCCGAGAACUGGGCGAAGUGGGAUCCUUCGCGAUUCACUGAGCAUUGGAAGACGCCUCAUCUCAUCAUUCAUAAUGAGUUGGAUUAUCGUCUUACCGUUGCCGAAGGUCUGGCUGCGUUCAACGUGCUUCAGCUACGUGGAGUUGAUAGCGCGUUCUUGACGUUCCCGGAUGAGAACCACUGGGUUCUCAAUCCUGAAAAUUCCCUUUUAUGGCAUCGAACUGUGCUAAAUUGGAUUAACAAAUAUGUUGGUCUUCCUCCUGUUUUCGAAGAACCUGAUUUGGCGUCCGAAGUGAACAAUCUCUCGCUUUGA